CAGUCAUUAUAAUUUAUCGCAUAUCUUAAAGUUCCCAAAGUUCUCUUUCCGAGCUCCAGUUAAUUUCGCCGCCGUCUACAAAUCGCAGCCGACUACGAAUACAGAGUUUGAGACUUUGAGAUCCGCAGCAUACCGAGGCGACUAAGCGAGGUCGCGAGGGAGAGGAACCGAGUCACCGAGGAAGAGGAGGAGCCGUCGAGCCGGCGAAAACCGAGGAAGAGGAGGAGCCGUCGUCCUUCGAGCCGAGCACCGUGUUCAUCAUUUCCAAGCACCGAGGACUCGAGGAGACGAGGAGGAGGAGCCGUCCCCGUCGAGCCGAAAGUCCGAAACCCGAUUCAGCAGACAGCAAGUGCAACGUGAGCUUCUGCCCCCUAAAUAGCUUCUAUGGGCACUGCCCAAAACUAUGGCCCUCCUAUGUCCACACAGUAUCGUCCAGCAGUCCCAGGCCAGCAAGGGCAGCCAUAUUUACCUGGGUCUGCACAACAGUUUCUAGCACCAGGACAGAACAUUCCUUCUGGUCAUAAUCAACCUAUGCAGUUCUCCCAACCCAUGCAAUUCUCUCAACCCAUGCAGCAGUUACCUCCUAGACCUGGAAUGCCUGGUGUUCCUAUGUCGUCACAAGGUAUGGCUAUGCCAUAUGGUCAGCCAAACAGGCCUAUGACAUUGGGUGCACAGCAGAAUCAGCAUUCUGCACCGCCUUUUGGCAAUCACCCAUCUGGUGUAGGUGGCAUGGGAAUUCCUUUUUCUUCGUCAUAUACUUUUCAACCAGUAUCCCAUUUGUCAACACCUGCAGCAUCAGUUGGCGGUCAACCAUGGUUAUCAUCUGGAAGUCAAAGUGCUGCGCCUUUUGUACCAGUUCCACAAACAGCAGACCAGUCUUCAGGUUCCGCUGCCCCCGUUCCUGCUGUUAAUCCCCCCGACACCAGCCAACAAUCCUCAUCUGAUUGGCAAGAGCACAACACUCCAGAUGGAAGAAGAUAUUAUUAUAACAAGAAAACUAAGCAAUCUAGCUGGGAGAAGCCUGUUGAGUUAAUGACACCAACAGAGAGAGCUGAUGCGUCGACUGUAUGGAAGGAGUUCACUACUCCAGAAGGGAAGAAGUAUUACUUUAACAAGGUUACAAAGGAAUCAAAAUGGACCAUACCUGAAGAUUUGAAGUUGGCUCGUGAACAAGCAGCAAAAGCAGUUAGUCAGGGAGCACAGUUAGAUGCAGGAAUGAAAUCUCAUCCUACAACAACUGGAGGUUUUACCUCUGAAGUAGCACCAUCAACUAAUCCAGUUUCCGGCAGCUCCAAUGGGUCAUCAUCUGUUUCUGGUGCAAGUUCAAUCCCGUUAAGUUUUCCGUCAGGUGUUAACCCAGCACCUGUAGUUAAUGAUGCGUCAUCAGAACUCCUUAUGGAGCACUCAGCUGCUCCGACCAGCAUGGCAGUGACAAAUGCUCUUGCAAUGACUCCUUUGUCUGCUUCUAUUUCUGGAGAUGAUGCUCUUCCUGCUGCAUUAAAUGCCUCCUCCAUUACAGUGAAUGCUUCAGACAAAUUACCAUCUCAAGAAAUUUCAACUUCUACAGAUGGAGGUUCUGCACAUGAUCUUGAGGAAUUACGUAAAGGGAUUACUGCUGGGAAAGUUAGUUUGAGCGAGAAACCAACCAAUGAUGAACCUUUGGUUUUUGCCAACAAGCAGGAAGCAAAAGGCGCGUUUAAGUCACUUCUUGAGUCUGCAAAUGUCCACUCUGACUGGAAUUGGGAUCAGGCUAUGAGGGUGAUAGUCAAUGACAAGAGGUAUGGUGCUCUGAAAACAUUAGGGGAGCGGAAGCAAGCUUUUAACGAGUAUUUAGGACAGAGGAGGAAACAGGAGGCUGAGGAGCGGCGCUUGAGGCAGAAGAAAGCAAAGGAAGAGUUUACAAAAAUGUUGGAAGAGUCAGAGGUACUUGCAUCAUCGAUGAAAUGGAGUAAAGCUGUUACUAUGUUUGAAGAUGAUGAGCGGUUCAAAGCUGUCGAAAAGCCGAAAGAUCGGCAGGAGCUUUUCGAUAAUUACUUGGUGGAACUCCAAAAAAAGGAAAAGGAGAAGGCCGAUGAAGAGUACCGACGGAAUAGAGAAGAUUACUGGACGUUUCUGGAAUCUUGCGACUUUAUUGAGGCAAACAGCCUAUGGAGAAAAGUUCAGGACCGCUUGGAGGAUGACGAGAGAUGCUCACGUCUUGAAAAGAUUGACCGCUUAGAAAUAUUCCAGGAUUACAUUCGUUUCUUGGAGAAGGGAGAAGAGGAGCAGAAGAAGCUUCAAAAAGAACAACUGAGGAGAGCAGAGCGAAAAAAUCGUGAUGAAUUUCGCAAGGUGUUGGAGGCUGAUGUUGCGGCUGGUGUUCUUACUGCAAAAUCAAUCUGGCGCGAUUAUUGUGCGAAGGUCAAAGAAUCUCCUGCUUAUCUUGCUGUGGCACGUAACAUAUCAGGGUCUACUCCUAAAGAUUUGUUUGAGGAUGCGGUUGAUGAAUUGGAGAACCAGUAUCAUGAGGACAAAAGUAGAAUAAAAGAUGUGAUGAAGCUGAGCAAGAUGACUAUGACUUCUACAUGGACUUUUGACGAAUUUAAGGAAUCUGUUUCCCCGGAUCUUGGGUCUCCACCGAUUUCUGAUAUUAAUUUCAAGCUGGUUUUUGAAGAUCAGCUUGAAAGGAUCAAAGAGAAGGAAGAGAAAGAAGCUAAAAAGCGCCAGCAUCUUGUAGAUGACUUUACUGAUCUAUUGCGGUCUCUUAAGGACAUAACUGCAUCUUCUACUUGGGAAGAUUCUAGACAACUCUUCGAGGAUAGUGAAGAGUACAGGGAAAUUGGGAAUGAAACACUGGCAAUGGAAACCUUUAAGGACUGUGUUGUUUACCUGCAAGAGAAGGCAAAAGAGAAGGAACGAAAGCGUGAGGAUGAAAAGGUGAAAAAGGAGAAAGAAAGAGAGGAAAAGGAGAAGAGGAAGGAGAAGGAUAGGAAGGAGAAAGAUAAAGAUCGUGACAGAGAGAAGCGGAAAGAACGCUCUAAGAAAGAGGAGUCAGAUGAUGAGGCUGUGGAUGCAACUGAUAGCCAUAGCAACAAGGAUGAAAAUAGGAAGGAGAAGGAAAAAGACAGAGACAGGAAGCAUAAAAAACGGCACCACGAUAAUACAAUUGAUGAUGGAAGUUCUGACAGGGAUGAUGACAAGGAGAGACGUCACCGAAAGAGGCAUCAUGAUACCACAGAUGAUGUCAGUUCCGACAAAGAUGAUAAAGAAGAUCACAAGAAAUCACGCCGACAUGGUAGUGACCGGAAAAAAUCUAGGAAGCAUGAACACUCACCGGAUUCAGAUGGUGAAAGUAAACAUAAAAGGCAUAAGAGGGAUCACCGUGAUGGCUCCAGGAGAACUGGUGCUCAUGAUGAUCUUGAAGACGGUGAGCUUGGUGAGGACGGGGAAAUCUCGUAGUCUUCAUGUAGUAGUCAUUCUCUACUCUCAGCUCCUAGUGUUUUUUUAUGAAUAGAAUUUAAAUGUUAUGCAUGUGUUCUUCAACAAAGUUUUGAUCUCUUUGCAUGCCUGUCAUAUGAUUACCAAUUUAGAUGGUUGUGUUAAAAUAAUUACAUAGUUUGUUCUUGUAAAAAAAAACGAUUAGAUGGUUUUGUGUU